GUGCACACUAUUUUUUGAAGAAAUAACACAACCAUUUAACCAGGGUGUCAAUAUAUGGGAGGCUGGGACGGCCUACAUGUGCGCAUUAUGUGGGCUGUACAUCCUGAGAGGAAGAUCAGUUUUUCAGAAUAUGAGAUUCACAACAACAAGCCCAUCAGAUUUAAAGGAAGAAAACCCUCCUUGUGGACUUGUUGAGCAACAGGCAUUGGCUGUCACCUGGACUCCUCCAUUAAACCUAUGGCACUGUUAAAGCUGUUCCUCGAGGCUCUUCUGCUACUUCAGUUUACACUGCAGCUGUUGGAUGGAGCUGAACCUCAGAACCUGAACUGUCCUGCAUAUGGAGGAGUUCCUGGCACUCCUGGACACAACGGUCUGCCUGGGAGAGAUGGGAGAGAUAGUAAAGAUGGAGCAAUCGGACCCAAAGGAGAGAAGGGAGAGCCAGGAGCGAGUGUUCAGGGACCACCAGGUAAAGCGGGACCACCUGGAGAAAAGGGGGAAAGGGGACCUUCAGGUCCUCAAGGCUCUCCUGGACGUGAAAGCAUAUCUGACUCCUUAAAAUCUGAGAUGCAGCAUCUUAAUGCCAAGAUUGCCAUGAUUGAGAAGGUUGUGAGUUUUAAUACAUUCAGAAAAGUGGGACAGAAAUACUACAUCACUGAUGGUGUUGAGGCAAUUUUUGAUACAGGGGUGCAGUACUGUAAGGACGUUGGUGGAACAAUAGUUUUGCCAAGAACUGCUUCCGAAAAUCAGGCAUUAUUGAAAGUAUCAGUAUCCAGUGGUUUAGGUAGUAAGAAGCCAUAUAUUAGAACUACAGACAGAGAAACAGAGGGAUGGUUUGUGGACUCCGAGGGGAAGCUAUUGACUUUUAACAACUGGGGUCUUGGUCAGCCUGAUGACUAUAAGGGACUACAAGACUGUGGAACAAUAACAGACUCUGGCCUUUGGGAUGAUGUUGGUUGUAAUGGUCUACAUCCCAUCAUAUGUGAAAUAGAAAUCAGAUAGUAUGUAUACAAUAUUAAGAUACAUACAUAUCUGCAAUAUUAAUAUGCUAUUAACAGUACGUUUGUCAGGUCUACUUGUUUCUACGUGUGUUUGCCCAGCUCCUAUUUUGGAUUAUCCUGUGUUUUCGUCAUUAAAGACUGUGAAUGCUACUCCGUGUCUCCUACGUUCUUCCCGCAGCAGCGUAACAUGACAAUUUGUUUGUUUAUAAUGUUUGUUCUAUGCCCUGCACAAAUAUGUCCAAGGUUAUUUCACAGUGAACUCUGAAGGUGUUUUGUUAGUGAAAUUUGUAUGUGCACAUAAGGCCGUUUAUAUCAUUUUUGACACACUGUAUAGGUAUUUUCUCAGUUAGGAAACUAACAAACUACACCUCGCGGUCAAAAACAAAUCCUUUUUCCGAUAACUGUUGUUAUCCUUUGACUUCUGAAUGGAAUAAACAAACCCAUAACUUCA